GUGGCAGAAUAGUCCAUUGAAUUAGGUCAAACGUAAUCAAAGAAGAGUCUUCCGGUUUGCUGUGUUGUUUCUAGCUGUGUGUGCAUCGACAAGGCUCUUUAUUUUUAAUUUCAAGUAGUCACCAUGCAGAACAAAAAGACCAAAUCGACCUCCAAAAUAAAAGUGGGGAAGGUCGGUUCGAAAAACAAAGAUGAUGCACCCCAUGAGCUGGAGAGUCAAUUUGUCCUGCGGCUGCCUACGGAAUAUGCCUCAACAGUGAGAUGUAUUGCCCAGUCUAGCAGCAUGAACCUCAAAGACAGACUCACCAUUGAACUGCACGCUGAUGGUCGUCAUGGCAUCGUGAGAGUGGAUCGUGUACCUUUGGCGUGUAAACUGGUGGAUCUGCCCUGCAUCCUGGAGUCUCUGAAAACAGUGGACAAGAAGACCUUCUAUAAGACUGCUGACGUCUGUCAGAUGCUGGUGUGCACGUUGGAUGGAGACCUCUACCCUCCCUUGGAGGAACCCACCGGUACUGUAGACCCCAAGAAGAAGAAGGACAAAGACAAGGACAAGAAGUUUGUGUGGAACCAUGGCAUCACCUGUCCUCUAAAGAACACAAGGAAGAGAAGAUUCAGGAAGACUGCAAAAAAGAAGUACAUCGAGUCUCCCGACGUGGAGAAGGAAGUGAAGAGAUUACUGAGCACGGACGCAGAGGCCGUUAGUGUCCGCUGGGAGGUGAUAGCUGAGGAUGAGACCAAGGAGGCAGACAACCACGGCUCUCUGGCCAACUUGGACUCAUCACCUGGGACAUCGGGACACAAGAUGGGGCAUGGCUCCUCAGCCCAACGUGACGAGCUGAGGGAGAUCUUCAACGACAUCAGCAGCAGCAGCGAUGAUGAGGAGGACGAGGGGGACCUUCGUCAUGAGGACGAGGACCUGAACAUCAUGGACAUGGAGGAAGACCUGGUUAGACAGCUCCAAGACAAACUCAACGAGUCAUCAGACGGUGCUCGGGACGAGGCAGACAGGAACAACCAGAUAGUGAUGGAAUACCAGAUGCAGAUAGACGGUGUGAAGGCCAAGCUGAAGGAGACGCGCGCCCGCAAGAAACAACAGGAGGACCUCAUCAUGAAGGUGGAGAACCAGGCCCUGAAGAACCGCUUUCAGGCUCUGCUUAAUGAAAUUAUCCACCAGGAGGAGAGAGAGAUGGAGCAGCUGGCCUCGCUUCAGGAGCAGCUGGACUCACUGAUCGAAAAGUGACCCAAGUGACCAACAGGGGGCAGCCAAGUGUCAAAUAGGCGCAGUGAGAACCAUGGGGGAAGAGCGAAGAAGCAUCUGCCACCUCUGACAGCCCUCCUCAGUGACAUGCUGUGUCAUUCCAUUAUACAUUUUCCCUUUAGCCUCCAGACAUCAUGAUUCAUUUUUAUUUUGUAUUGUUCCUAUUUUAAUUCUGGGAUGUUGUCAUGUUAGUAGGAUUAUAGAAUGAGGGUUGUCUGUCUGCUACUCUGUAUGAAUAAACACUUUGUUUUACCAUUCAA